GACGACACAUGACGUUGACUACGGAUGUAAACAGUUUUCGCGGUUUCACGUGUGUCAAGCGUUCCUGCCUGGAGCCUUAACGUUUCUGGUAUCAGUCUCGUGCUGGUAGAAGGAGGUCGAUCAUGAAUCCUAAAAUAGAACGAUUUGUUAGUCCAGGGAAAGGGAACGGUAUCCGGGCAACACAGAAGAUUCUUGCGGGAGAGCUCAUCUGCUCGGCUCAGCCGCUUGCAUCCUGUGUGUCAAAUAAGUCCGCUAGAAAAAUAUGCCACAACUGCUUCUCAAGGUGUGAGUCUCUCCUCAGGUGUUCUCAGUGUCGGUCUGCACGCUACUGUCAUACCGCCUGCCAGAGACAAGCCUGGCCAGAGCACAAGCGAGAAUGCAGAUCCCUCCGCUCCCUCCUUCCCAGAAUGCCGUCUGAUUCUGUCCGGCUGGCUGCCAGGAUCAUCUUCAGGCUGCUGGACCCGUCUCCUGGCUCCUCAGAGGAGCUGUAUUCAUUAGAGGAACAUGAAACACACCUCGGUGUGAUGAGUGAGGAGAAGAGGGAGGGUCUGACUCAGCUAGGCUCCAUGCUUCAGCUCUACCUCCAACAGGAAGUACCGGCCCUCUCACAGGAAGUGACAUCUCCUCUCCCAUCAGGCCUGGACCCUCUCAGCCUGCUGGCCCGAGUGAGCAGUGUGCUGCAGUUCGCUGCAGUGGUGCAGUAA